AGAAAAGAAUUGUUUAAAUUAUUUAAAUUGUUAAAGUGAUUUUUAAUAAAUUAAAAUGGUUGUUGAAGACGAAGAAGUCGUGCAGAUUCAAAAAGAAUUAGUUGAUUUAAACAUAGGUGUUAAAGCUAUUAUACAAGAUAUGUUACUGUUAAAAACAUCCACCCAGACUUUACAAGAAUUAAACAGCGAAGGCAGAGCUAAAAUUAACGGCAUCAAAAUUUGUAUAGAAAAUUUAUAUAAACUUGCCAAACAAAAUGCAGAUUCACAACUCAUGAGCGAUGUCGAGACACACAGAAACGAACUGACAACUACUCUCAAAGAUUUCCGUCGUUCCAACAUAAUAGCAAUGUCUGCAAUCGAGAAAUCCAAAAAGGAUGAGCUCUUGAGUGCAGAUGGCGACGAUGACACGUCUUCAGGGCUUCCCAAGAAAUCCCAAGUUAGGAAAAGGAAUACAGUCGAUAAAGGAAAUAUUGUUAAAAUGUCUUCUAAUGUUACGGAUAGACUGUUGUCGAUUAGUAGACAUCUGGCACAGACCACCGAGAGGAGCCACACUUUGGAGACUUUGGCUAUGUCUUCGUCUAACGUCUGGGGAACCCGUGACGAGUUAGAAAACACUUCAGCUACAAUAGCUCAGUCUGGAAAGCUUUUAAAAAAAUAUGGGAGAAGAGAGUUUACUGAUAAAAUUUUAGUUUUCUUUGCAUUUGCCUUUUUUGUUGCCUGUGUACUGUAUAUAGUACAGAAGAGGCUGUUUUGAAAUAAAUAGAUAAAUAUUUAUUAAAAUUGAAUU